AUGAAAGCGCUUGAGAUUACACACCUGUUCAGUUAUGAAAGCCUUGCACUGCAUAUUUGUGUUGAUUUACAAGCUCUUUGCGAGCAAUAUGGGGAAAACGUGCUUGAAGCCAAUCAAAAUCCAAACUGGAUUUGUCCUGUUUGUCGUGGAAUUUGUAACUGCAGCUUGUGCCGGCAAGCAAAAGGAUGGGCUCCCACUGGCCCUUUAUAUAAGAAGAUUUCUCAACUAGGCUUCAAGUCAGUUGCACAUUAUCUCAUCCAAACCAGACGUUCGCAGAAUGGUUCAGAAGAAGUUUAUGAUUCUAACAUUCCACUUUCUGCAAAAAGAUCACUGGCCUCCUUAGAUACAGAACCAAAAUUAGAGAGGAAAGAGUCUCUAUCUCAAAUAAUUACUGUUGUGAGCAUAUUAAAUGUGAAGAGAAGGAGGAAGCUGCAGAAAACAUUGUUGCUUCUGGAAGCACACCGAAGUCAAAAAGGAAGCUGCAUUAUACUUCUGAACCAAACACAGAUACUAUUGCCGGGAGAUAAGGCAGAGGCGUCGAAUGGCAAUGGAAUCCUUGAACAGAAUGGAAUGCUUGCAAGUUUGGGUUCAAAAGAUACAGAGAGUAUUGCUGGAAGUUUCAAGUAUAAUUCAUCAAAGGCAUACCCGAAAAAGACUGAAUUACCAAACAAGUCUCAACGUGAUUUAUCAGAAGGGCUUGGUAAGGUGUUGAAUUUGGACGACUUGGUCUCCUGGACUCGGCCAAAGUGGGCCGGACCCAUUAGGCCCUGCUCGGCCCAUUUUGUUCUACUCAUAGUUCAUAAGCCCUCUUCAGAUCGGCAAGCUGACAAUUUAUUAUUUACCGCUUAUUUCGCGAGGCACUUUUUGUUUUAA